GGGCGGGGAGCUGGCUUCUGCUAUUCUGGCGCUGCUGCCUUCCCCAGCCAGCGGUGGAGGGGACCCGAGAGCACCGAGCCCCCAGCCCGGGCACCAGGCCCCCUCCUUGCCCACCACCACGGAUGAGGAGGAGGAGGACAGCCAGCACUUCUGGCCCUGGCCUGGCCCAGCAGGGGCAGUGAGCUCCUACCUGCCCCCAGCUUGAUGCCCAGACAGGCCCAGCUCAUGAGCAGCCCCGCCUGCUGACCACCAGCGCACACCUGCCUGUCCCUACCCCCCCACGGCUACAUCAUGUCUGGCUCCUACGACGAGGCCUCACUAGCUCCAGAGGAGACCACUGACAGCUUCUGGGAGGUGGGGAACUACAAGCGGACGGUGAAGCGCAUCGAUGACGGCCACCGCCUGUGUAACGACCUGAUGAACUGCGUGCAGGAGCGCGCCAAGAUCGAGAAGGCAUACGCGCAGCAGCUCACCGACUGGGCCAAGCGCUGGCGCCAGCUCAUCGAGAAAGGACCACAGUAUGGCAGCCUGGAGCGAGCCUGGGGGGCCAUCAUGACGGAAGCGGACAAGGUGAGCGAAUUGCACCAGGAAGUGAAGAACAACCUGCUGAACGAGGACCUGGAGAAGGUCAAGAACUGGCAGAAGGACGCCUAUCACAAGCAGAUCAUGGGUGGCUUCAAGGAAACCAAGGAGGCUGAAGACGGCUUCCGCAAGGCCCAGAAGCCCUGGGCCAAGAAGAUGAAGGAGCUAGAGGCAGCCAAGAAGGCCUACCAUCUGGCCUGCAAGGAGGAGAAGCUGGCCAUGACGCGGGAGAUGAAUAGCAAGACGGAGCAGUCGGUCACGCCCGAACAGCAGAAGAAGCUGCAGGACAAAGUGGACAAGUGCAAGCAGGACGUACAGAAGACCCAGGAGAAGUAUGAGAAGGUGCUGGAUGACGUGGGCAAGACCACGCCCCAGUACAUGGAGAGCAUGGAGCAGGUGUUCGAGCAGUGCCAGCAGUUCGAGGAGAAGCGGCUCGUCUUCCUCAAGGAGGUGCUGCUGGACAUCAAACGCCACCUCAACCUGGCCGAGAAUAGCAGCUAUGUCCACGUGUACCGGGAGCUGGAGCAGGCCAUCCGGGGGGCAGAUGCCCAGGAUGACCUCCGGUGGUUCCGCAGCACCAGCGGCCCCGGCAUGCCCAUGAACUGGCCCCAGUUUGAGGAGUGGAACCCAGACCUUCCUCACACCGCCACCAAGAAAGAGAAGCAGCCCAAGAAGGCAGAGGGGGUGACGCUGACCAACGCCACUGGAGUGGUGGAGACCACAUCCCAGGCUGGGGACCGUGGCAGCGUUAGCAGCUACGACAGGGGCCAGCCUUAUGCCACCGAGUGGUCAGACGACGAGAGCGGGAACCCGUUCGGGGGCAGUGAGGCCAAUGGGGGCUCCAACCCCUUUGAGGACGACGCCAAGGGGGUGCGUGUGCGGGCACUCUAUGACUACGACGGCCAGGAGCAGGAUGAGCUCAGCUUCAAGGCCGGAGACGAGCUCACCAAGCUGGGAGAGGAGGACGAGCAGGGAUGGUGCCGCGGGCGGCUGGACAGUGGGCAGCUGGGUCUCUAUCCCGCCAACUACGUGGAGGCCAUCUAGCUGCCCUGCUCCCCUCCACGCCACCCCUCACUCCUCGUCCACUGCCUCCUCUCCCUACUCUCUCUCGUCCCUCUUCCCUCGCCAUAGAGUUCCAGACAUAUUUUCCGAUCAAGCUUUUAUUUUUUUAAAAGUCAAAACAGAACAAAACAAAAAAUACAGAGACAGAAGCAUUUGCAGGGUCGCCUGGAGGCCAGGGUGGUGGGACUCAGGGUGAUGGCCCCAGGGUAGGUGAGGGUCUUAGUAUUUAGCCCAAAAGAGACAUUACAACAACUGCUCUUCAGAUCCCACCAAAGAGUUUCCCGAACCCUGAGGGUCGUUUCCUGGACCCUUCUCUCCUGCCUCACUCCCCACAGACUACGCUUCCCACCCCUUCCCCCAAAACCCAGGCUGCCAGCCUCUGCCCC